AGAUGCAUUGGUUAACCGAGGGUUUCAAGUCAGAGGAGGAUCAAAACGUUCAUUCGUGACUGCAGCGCACUACGCAGAAGGAUGUUUUUCCAUGAUGUUUAAAACUUUCAGCAUUGGUAGUUUUUCAUUGGACUGAGAUUGCGUGAAGCCAACGAUGAACACCUCGAGAAGGAGCGAAAGUGACUGGCAGGGGCUGGUAAAUGAAUUCUUGGUGUGCAAACGGAAGCUGGAAAGCAAGAAGGAGGCGUUGCUGAUUUUAUCUAAAGAGCUGGACACAUGUCAGCAGGAGAGAGACCAGUACAAGCUGAUGGCCAACCAGCUUCGAGAGAGGCACCAGGGCCUGAAGAAGAAAUACCGCGAGCUAAUUGAUGGUGACCCCACUCUUCCCCCCGAGAAGCGUAAUCAGGUGAAUCUAGCCCAGCUGCUGCGGGACUCCAGAGACAAAAGUGGCAAACUGGCCGAGGAGGUGAAGGAGCUCCAGCAACGCUUGGCUGAAGUGCAGGGGGACAACAAACUGUUGAGAAUGACCAUCGCCAAACAGAGGCUUGGAGACGAGGAGGUGGGAGCACGCCACUUCCCAGCACACGAGCGGGAGGAUCUGGUCCAGCAGUUGGAGAAGGCCCGGGAACAGACUGAGGAGCUGGAGCACAGCCUGAAAUCUGCCACAGACGAGCUGCAGGACGUGCGAGCGGAGCGGGACGUGUUUCAGGACAAGGCUCAUCGUCUGAACCUGGAGAUCAACCAUAUCCUGGGAAGUCACGAGGCGCGUAUCAUUGAUGUAGACGCUCUCUGUAUGGAGAACAGAUAUUUACAUGAACGCUUAAAACAACUUCAAGAUGAGGUCAACUUGCUUAAGAGUAACAUCAUGAAAUAUAAGAGUGCUUUGGAGAGCAGAAAGAACUGCAAGAUGUAUGGCAGAAACAACAGCAGUGCUCUCACCGGGGUCCUUUCUGCUAAGGAAGUUCAAGAGCUGUUGCUGUCGGAGGAUAAUGGAUGUAGCCUGCCGGUCACUCCCCAGUCCAUCGCUGACCUGAAGUCUCUGGCCACCGCUCUGCUGGAGACCAUUCAUGAGAAGAACAUGGUCAUCCAGCACCAGCGGCAAACUAACAAAAUUCUGGGAAACAGAGUGGCUGAACUUGAGAAGAAGCUGAAGACCCUGGAGGUGUCUGGUCUGUGGAGCCUGCCUGGAGCCAGAGAUGCCAUUAUCUUGAGUGACCCACUCCCCCUGCAGUCACCUACAGAGCAGCCUGCACUUAUUGAGAGAGGUAGACCCUCAACAGGUGGCCUGAGGGGGAGAGAGGAGCUGCCUGCCGACGUCACCACCCAGGCAGAGAGCCCUGACGUGUGCAUGGACAGCGGCCACAGCAGCCGGCUCCUGGUCCCUCUGUGCGCUCACAACAACAGCAGCCACCUGCAGGUUAGCGUGGAGGUCCUGCACAGCUGCGCCGAGCCCACCGAUGUCAUCGACUCGCCGUCCGACCAGCCGGAAUGUGCGCAGGAGGCAGACGAAUGUGUGUUCAGCGAUCUGACAGAGGAGGAGGUCGCGGACGUCGAGGGGGUUUCGGCUGCCUCGCCGCCUGUGGCCGUCCCCUUGGCGUGCAGCCCUGAGGAUCUUGUUUUGCCCUCGCUGUUGACCACAGACACAGAGGCGCAACAGUGUGAACAAACAGUGGAUGACAGCCCACAGGGCAGCCCUGCACUGGUGUCCUUGCAGGGUGCCCAGCUGGAGCCCAGUGGGGAAUCCCCCACACACACAGCUCCUAAUGAAGCAGAGGAGGCAGAGGGCUCAGAGCAGGCACUGGAACAGAGACUUGUGGACGAUAUCAAGGAAGCCAAUGAUGAACUGGUAGUGUCUGAACAGGAAGAGGUGAUGUCUGAAAAUGACCACAAAGAAGACUUGUGUACUGCGUAAGAAUGGACAGGGGGAAGUGGGAGUUUAAAGGUCAUAAAGAGGACAUGAAGGUCAGAAACAUUGACACUUAAAGCAACCCUCCGGCAUUUUCGACAUUAGACCCUACAUUUUGUGGACUGGGUAUAAUACCGUUUUGGUGAGAGGCUACCAAUAGCCGUUCAAUAGCCGCUAGCCUCAGGGCCUCUGCACACCGGCUCCGACAAAGUGCGGCGCACUUUUACUUCAGACAGAAUUCGGACCCCCAAACCCAAUUUCACACGAACAUUGCAUUGAUAGUCAAUGGGCGGCGCCGACAAAAUAGAACUCGUCUCUAAUUGCUAUCCGACAUCGGUGAAUGUCCGCGGACAUUGGCGCCAGUGUGCGUGGCUCUAUUGAAAACAAUGGAAUCGAAUUUUAGCUGAGCAGUGCGCAGCACUUUGUCGGAGCCAGUGUGCGGAAGCCCUUACACCACCCACCUCUGGAAUUCCAAGGACUGCUUGGAUGAUCCAAAAACAGUAUCUCCACAUGUCAGCAAGACUCUGACUAACUAGGAAACAGGGUCCAAUGUCAAAUAAUCCCGGAGGGUUGUUUUAACAGAGGUCAUCAAAAGAGACGAUGGUUAUCACAGGUCACUGAAUCAUGUUGCUGCACACAUACAGAAAAAGAAUCACACAGUGCUUCUCACUUUAUCACUGAUUUUUGCAUGGCUCAUUUUUAUUAUUCUGGGGGAGAGGUGAAAGAAUCGCCUUUUCACCUUGAGAAGAGCUUUCGCUGAUUGCAGCUCUUUCUGAUAGUUCCAGUACCAGUAGUGUGUGUGAAUUAUAUCACAAGUUUUGCUGGGUCAGGCUUGUGAAUCAGAGAGAUGUGGAAUCAACAGUGAGAUCAGCGUCUGAUGCAUUCUACCCAAGACACUACACUGCUGGUCAGGACCAUAGUGUGUGAUUGGUGGAUUCACCUAACCUCAGAAUUGGUGUAUUAUACAGUGUAUUACCCAAAUCCUUUGUGGAAAUAUCUGUUACACUGCUAUUUAAAUGGAGUAGAACUCACUGAAACAAGCAUUCGACAUUCUCAGUGCUACGGUGCCACAGUAAGAUAUGAAACUGAUGAUUGUAGGCUCUGGUGCCCGGACUUUAUAAUAUCAGGACUUCCAAAUGACUCAAGGACAGGAAUGUUGUUAAUCGGGAUGUGUUUAAAUGAAAACUAAACAAAUGACAUGAUAAUCAACCUGCUGUUAUAAAUUUGUUGUGUAUCUACUCGUACAACAGUCUGUGUUUUGUGGAUCGCUACGCUGCGAACCCAGUAUAUCACCUUUGGUGUUGUGUAGACCAUCUCAAAUGUCCAGCCACUUUAGCUUUAUGUGUAGGCAAUGGUGGAAUUUUGUGCAUUUUACCAGCGAGUCUCUCAACAUUCCUGUGUACUGUUUCACUGUAUAAAUGAAAACACUAGGUGCAUACUACUUAUUCUUUAGACUGAAAGAUGGAAGUGAUGGUGACAAACACUGCUGAUGUAGUGAUAUGCUUGCAUGCAUAUAAUCUACUGUCCAAAGCCAGCCAUUCAGUCAUAUGUGUUGUAAAAUAAUAAAUUAACUUUAAAAGUACCGAGGUUCUUAGUCACAUUAUUAAAUGUAUAUUUAAAAAAUAUGUUGUGCUAUUUGUCUCUCCAAAUCACGAAAGCCCUAUUGAGAUUUUGUGCAUAUGCCUUGGAAAAAAAAUUGCUUGAUACAUCAAAACUUUUGCAGUUGAAUAAAGACGAGGCUGAAAUAAUU